AUGAAGAUGCAGUGUAAAACGGACAGCUCCGGCAAGAUUUGCAGGCGCUGUCGAAAUGCGGGUGUUGACUGUCGUUACAGUGAGCCUGGUAGACCUGGAAGACCAACCAACAAAUCCAACAAUGCGACCAAACAAGACAGUGUGGCUACCGCGGUGGUUACCACUGUAGAGUCUGACGUCAAGCUGACUGGGGCCUUCAUGGGAACUAUACCGACACCCAGCCCUCCGAGCGUUGAUGAACAACAGCUACACCAAAGACAACGACGACGGCAACAACAACACGCCUGGAUCCAAAACGCUAGCAGUCCAUCAUAUAGCCCCACUGACGAGGCUAUCUACCUUGCUAGUGAGCAAAACAGUGACUGCUCCCCACAAGAGGGCCUCCUGCCAAGUCCCUUCCCAGCCACUCCCUACCAACACCCAAAUGUUGUCGAAGGAGAUUGGCUGUGGGAUAUUUCACAGGCCGGGCUGUGCCCCCAAAGUCUUACGCUUGGAGACAUCCGAAACGACCAGAGUGAUGUGUCAGGGUUGGCAGGACUGGCCAUGGACCAUUCUCCAACUCCUGUGACCCUCAAUCUAGAAGAGGCACUGCUAGGCAAUGGAAACUGCUUAGAGCACGUCGCUCACUUCCAACUGAAGAUUGCUCGCAAGAUGAAUUCCCUGUCUCCCCUCAGCCCUGCUCACCUAGAGCAGGAGGCUGCUCAUGUCCUGCAAUGCUCCGCCGAAUUUCUUAAUCUCGUCACUUCGCUCAUUAACGCGGAGAGCCGGUGGAAGAGCUCCCAGCAGUCGUCACCGAUCAACACGGCCGUCUUUUUGCAGCUCACAUCCAUCUGCAUCCGUUUAACCGAGAUGCACUACUGGCUCUACUCUUCUAUUUACUGCUAUCUAUGUGUAACCACUCCUCCGGUCGCUGUUAGAGAUGACGGUGACAAGAUCUUGACUAAGCUUUUGUCAUUUUCCGUUGCCGGAGUUGAUCUGACUCCAUCAUGCCCUAACUUUCGGCUCCAGAUGCUUCUUCACACUGGGGUGCACUACCUCGACCGCAUACAAAAGUCGCGUGAAAGUCUUAAGAGCUUUACCUUAGAUGGAGCAUCUGAGAGACUGCCAGGUCUGGCUCUUCAGAUGCACAUGUUAAUCACCGAAGAUCAGAGGACUGAAGCAGAGGUUUGA